AAGUACCCCAAAAUCACAUAGGUAAAAACUUCGAAGUUCAUAAGCGGUUAGUCCAUUGACAAAAGGUGCAAAGUUUGAUCUGUUUCAGUUGUCAGUCGACCGUGACCCAUAAAGCUGUGAGUUGUGACCGGUUUCCGCUGCUCGAGCUGUGAGGGGUGGAAUGAAGACAACUGAGCUCAAUUCUUUUCAGUCUAUAGGGUUGCCCAUCUGAACUAAUAGUGGAGAAAGUCCCGCCAGUGUAUGAAAUAGUAUGUCGAGAAGCAUGUCACGGUUUCUAGUUCGCCUCUCCACUAUCGUUUCCAAAGGAGCGACUGUCAAAUCAGUUUUACCUCAGAAGAGGAUAUUCGCUGGGAUUCGAUCGAUUUCUUCAUCUACGGGUUUGCAGUCAUUGACACGUUAUGACCAGUCCACAGACUGGCAGAGAAAACUAUCUCCAGAACAAUAUGUUGUUACAAGAGAAAAGGGCACUGAGGUGCCGUUCAGUGGCAUCUACUUGAAUCACAAUGAGGUGGGCAUGUAUCACUGUGUUUGCUGUGACUCGCCUCUUUUUAGCUCAGAAGCGAAAUAUGACGCAGGAACUGGCUGGCCGUCAUUCUGUGAGGCUCAUGGGACUUGGGAAAAAGAUGAGAGUCAUGCCAACAUUGUGCGCCGCCCUGAUAACUCGCUUGGCAGCACAGGAACUGAGGUCAUCUGCAAACAUUGUGAUGCCCACCUUGGACAUGUCUUUGAGGAUGGUCCCGAUCCGACCGGACAGCGAUUCUGCAUCAACAGUGUAGCACUAAACUUUAAACCCAGAGAAAAGUAAUGCCAACAAAUCCAGUAAUGCAAAUAACGAAAACAAAUAGCAUUGGAAUAACAAAUGUCCAUUGUUCUGUGCUGUGAGUCGAGCCUGUUCACUCCAAAAAUGAUAACUAUAACAAUAACUAUAUUAGCAUCCACACCAACAAACCAUAGAGUUUAUAUUGACUGCCCACUUUUUGGUCUCCAUAUUUAUUUUUCCCAUUAAUUUUUCCAACAGGAAUUAAGCACUGUUAAAUUUAUUUGUCUUUCAUUAUAAUAUACGAUACGAUAUUAACAUUGCUGCAAAAAAGGUUACUUUAACAUGUACAAUUAAAAACAGAACUAUUCAUUUCCAGGCAUGGCUUACAGCAGUGGUUGCCAAAGUUGGGGUUGCGAGACAACUUGCUUGCCGAUUUCCAAAUUGGUUGAAUGUUAACAAUGUAAAAUGUUAAUAAUAAACAUAAAAGAAUAACAUGCAAAUAAAAAGCCAUCAGCCUUUCGAUUUUUUUUUUUUUUGCGACCCCUGGGGUGAUUACUUUAUAUUAAAGACGUAGCAAUAGCGUUCAACCAAGGCUCAUUCUGAUUACGUACCUCUAUAUACAUUUCUGAAGAGCGCCAAAUAUGUCCCAGGAGCUACGUUUUUUUGCAGUUUUUGUUUUCAAGAAUCCACCGCCACUGUGUACGCUUUAUCAGAUCUCAAAUUUCUCUGCGAGUACCAUUUAUGGCUGCUCUUCUCAUGUAAAUCCACCAGAGGCCACUGUUGACUGACUGACCGACCAACCAACCGGCCAAUCUCCAUACCCUCCCCUUCCCUAAACCCAACCAAUAGUAUUUUGAAAAGCACCUAUUGACCCGCCCACCCACUUCCCUAAACUCAACGCAGUGUUUUGAAGCAAUCCAUAAAAAGAAAAGCCCGCUGAUAUUUACCACGUUUUCAGAUUUUACUACAUUCUCACCCUGUUAUUUACUUGUUUAUUUUAUUUUUUGGCUUCCAUUUUUGUCUUAUCUGCUUUCUGGAACCGUUCAUCACCAGACUCAAAUCCAGUCAUUGUGGUCAACUCCACUCUGCAUCUCAAGUCAACCGACAUACGCGUCGAGCUACCGGACAAACAGGUAACAGCGAGAAAGCCAUUCACUUGCAGGUAAGCAGUCAGCUGGUUAGCAAGAAAAGGAACGGCAUUAUACCACCCCAUAGCGUUCGUUUGAAAGACAAAUUGCAGCCAUAUGUAGCUCUGGCUACAUAAUUUGCGAUCUCCAGAAACGUAUAUGGGGCUAUGUUUUCAGAAUGAGCCUAUGUUGAUAGCGUCAGAUGCAGCACAUUGAUUUUAUGGCACCAAAUUAAACUUUCUGACACCUUUAUGGAACUCACAUACUUUAAAAUACAGGCCACAACUGAACAUGGAGGAUGAUCUCCGAGUGGCCUUCUCCAAAAUAAAAUGAUGAAUAGACUUUUUUUGGUAUGUGUUUCCCAUUGUGUGCAAGGUUUAUAUAUUCAUAACCACCUCAAAGAAUAUUGGGUGUCGUGAGACACUGGCAUUGUUAUUAUGGGGGUCGCGGGCUGAAAAGUUUGGGAACCCCUGGCUUAGAAAAGUGUUUCUCAAUUAUGUUCCUGGAGGACCACUAGCACUGCACAUUUUUCAAGUCUCCUUAAACAAACACACGUGAUUCAGAUUAUCAGUUCAUUAGCAGAGACUUAAAGACCUGUAAUGGGUGUGACAGACAAAGGAGACAUCCAAAACAUACAAUGUUAACAUAUCAAAUUGUUUUUAUUUUCAAAUAAUUAAUCUAAUUAGUUUUGAACUCUACUGCCACUACAAAACUUUGAAUGUACUGAAAAGCCAUACAAAUGGUUUAUAUAAUAUAUAUAAUUUAAUAUUAUUAUAGUUUAAUAUUAUUCACUGUAUUUUGAAGUGCCAUGAUUAUGGCUACACGAUGCUGGAAAAAUCUAACAUUGGGAUUUUUUUUCCCCGGCGAUAUAUAUUGCGAUAUUAACACAAUUUCGCCAGAUCACUUGAAUAGCUCUAAUUGGAAUGAAAUUAUUAACUUGGAUUUAUUGGAAUAAUUGUGUAAAGGAGUGAAUCAAAGAAAUUGCAACUGUAAAUAAAUAAGAUUGAGCAAAGAUCAAAGUGAAAUAAGUAGUCAGAUAUUCAGGUACAGUAAUAAGGUACGAUACGAUAUUAUCAUUAUAUUUUGCCUCCGAUUAUGAUAGAUCACAAUAUUAACCAUCCACAAUGUAUCAGGAUGAUAUUUAUAAAUGAGUGGGGGGGGUGCAUCAAAAAUGUAUAAGAUGUAUUUUAUUAACAGCACAUAUAUUUUGUAGAAUUGCAACAUUGACAUGUUUGAUCUGGCCCGAUGAGAAGCGCCACCUCAUGUACUGUCGCCUAAGUGGUAAAUGGUAGCAGUGGAAGGCUAAUGAAUUAGUUCAGAUCUUUUGUGCGCUCAUUCAUUUUCUUUUCAGCUUAGUCCCAGAUCUUUUGUACCUUUACAUAAAUAUUAAUACUUGGCUACAUCAAUAAUGUAACACUGGUGGAAUUAUCACAAUAAAUCAGCAUCAAUAUCUUGUCCUGGCCCUAUUAUUGAAUAAUCAAAUGUAAUGUAAAUAAACACUGUGCAUUCUUCA